CAGACACUCAGCCAGUCACUUGCCAGAACUUGGAAGAGAGAGCGGAAGGGGCUAUGUGACCCUCUCCUGGCCCCUGGACCCCACAGAGCCUGAAGACCUCAGCCUUGCAUCAUGGCAAGUCCUCAGCGCCCUGGGAACCCUGGCUGGAUGGGACCCAUAACGCAGAGCACAUCAAGGACUGAGCAGGAAGCAUCAGCCAUGGAUCCAGACCUCCCAUGUCCAGGACCUAAGAGACACUUAGAUGACCACAGUGGCCCAAGCUCCAACUCAAGCAUGACCACACGAGAGCUGCAGGAGAACUGGCAGAAGGAGAAGGGCCGCUGGAAACCCGUGAGGUUGCUCUUUGAGAUCGCCUCAGCCCGCAUUGAGGAGAGAAGAGUCUCCAAGUUUGUGGUGUACCAGAUCGUGGUCAUCCAGACCGGGAGCUUCGACAGCCACAAAGCGGUGGUGGAGCGGCGCUACUCCGACUUCGAGAAGAUGCACAAGAGCCUCCUGAAGUCGUUCGGGGAGGAGAUCGAGGACGUGGCUUUCCCCCGCAAGCACCUGACCUGCAACCUGGCGGCGGCGACGAUCAGCGAGCGCGCGCGGUUGCUCAAGGACUACCUGCGCCAGCUCUACGCCAUCCGCGCCGUGCGCCGCUCGCGCGACUUCGUGGACUUCCUCACGCGGCCCGAGCUGCGCGAGGCCUUCGGCUGCCUGCGCGCCGGCCAGUACGCGCGGGCGCUGGACGCUGGCCGCGUGCUGCCGCUGCAGGAGAAGCUGACGGCGCACUGGCCGCCCGCUCUGGUCCCCGCGCUCUGCGCGGUGCUCGUGUGCCACCGCGACCUGGAGCGCCCCGCCGAGGCCUUCGCGGCCGGCGAGCGCGCCCUGCACUGCCUGCAAGCGCGCGAGGGCCACCGCUACUACGUCCCUCUGCUGGAAGCCAUGGUCCGCCUGGCCUACGAGCUGGGCAAGGAUUUAGUGUCGCUACAGGGCAGGCUGGACGACAGCCGGCUCCGGAAGCCCAGCCACGGAGGCUUCACCCUGAAAGAGCUCACUGUCCGGGAGUAUCUGCCCUAAGCCAGCCCUGGGCGCCUGGGGCACAGCAGGAGAUGCUGGUUCCCUACUGAUGGUGGACUGAUUUGGGCUUCAUUUUUAACGCCAGGAGCCGUUUGGGGCUGUGACUUGCUGGAUGGCUCUGGACAAACCCCUCUUUUAAGCCAUACGGAAUAGAGGGGCUUCUAGGACCCUAUGAAGGCCCCUGUGUGUAUCCUGUGUCUCUGGAUGCCAGCCUUGCUUCAUCUCAAAACCACAACUGCCAGAAGUUUGGAACCAUGUUUAUGUGAACAGCCAGAGGGCAGGUUUACGUUGCUCAUCACCGGCCAAGUGCAGUCCAUUUCCUUGCUGAUGGCGCUCCAGCUGCCCUGGUCCUUUCUCUGCUGUAUCUGCCUCUGUGUUGCUUACAAAUAUUCCCACCCCUUAUCUGGAUAGUCUAGCUCUUCCCCUUACCUUGUAGACCUCACUCAGUGAAGCAAAAGCUCACCUGUUGCUCCCCACCCCCAACCCCGAGGGUGGAGGUCAUAUGUGAUUCUCAGAAGGGUAAAAGGCCAGAAAGCAACAGUGGCAUAAGAUUCUGUGGCACAGGCAUUUUAAGCAAGGGACAUUGACAGUGAUUUCUCUGGCUGGUUUGUGGGAACACAUUGUCUAGGGGUGGGUUUUCCAUUCAUAAGGCAACUGUUCCUAUGGCUUUCCUAGGUUACAUACAUAGCCCCAGAAGGAAGUGGAAUGAUAUUCAGUGGGUCAUCUGGAUAGAAAAGGGACUGUAUCCUCAACAGCUCCCCUUGGGAGUGGCAGUGUUCCUGUAACCUCUCUGAUGGAUUGGGGUGCCCUGAAUGAGGUUCACACUCCAAACCCCAGGGGAGGGGGAGUCUGGACUAAGGGUUCAGGCUAGUUUAGGGCCAAUAUGUGUUUGAGGCUGGAACCCCUGAAGACCUGUCUGAGCUUAUCAAGGUGAACUAAGAGACCAUAAUUUGGAAACCUUAAUAUGGCGCACCACUUUGACCUGGGCAGGGAUCUGGUCAAGGUGGCCAUCAACAAGCAAUCGCCAAACUGCACCAGAACCUGUUCGACACUGACACCUUGUGGCAGUUUCUGCAGUAACCCUCUUGGGCUCUGCCCUGGAGGUGAGCAGAGACCCCUCCAGACAAAGAAAGCCUUCGCCAGGCCUCUCAAUUUCUCCAGGAGAAAAACAUUCAAGUAGGAGAUGGUCAGACUUCUUGGAAAGCUGGGCAUGGGGGAAAGUCAAGUGUUAAGUGGAAAAAUAAAAGCAGUGAGUCUAUUUGCAAUGGUGAAGCAGCUCAUACUGAUUGUUACAAAUUAUUUUGUUAAAUUUAAAAUGUUCUCCAUUACAAAUGCACCAACUCAUUAAGAAAGAAAAAAUGUUCAGUGGGCUGUUUAACAGAAGAUUCUGAAAAAAAAAAAGCUGAGAAACCAAAGACUCAGAUGCCCAGUGGAAGGGUGAAUGUGAGAUAACAGUUCCACUGAGGUUUGAACUUCUACACCAAAGCUUGUGUUGAACUGUAACCCCCAUUGUGGAGGACCAGGGGGUGUUAAGUUAAUCCAAAAGUGGUGUGUGGAGGUGGGAUGCUUUUGAGGUAGUUAGAUUUAGACAAGGUUGUGAGGAUGGGGGUCCUAUGACUGCACUAAGGACCAUCUAAGAACGGGAAGAAGGACUUGCUCUCACCUCGUGAAACCCUGCACAGCCUGAGACUCUGCAGAGUCUAGCCCUCAUCCAAUACAGACUCCUGACUUUGGACCUCCAGGACCGUGAACUGAAUAAAUCUUUGUUCGUUAGGAAUUACCCAGUCUAGGGCAUCCACUUAGAGCAACAGAAAACAGACUGAGACACUUGCUAUGCAUACAGGGCAAUGAGGACAUUACCUGAAUCAACCUUGACACUGGAUGGAGGGAGGGAAGCCCCUGAGAAUUUGGACUGCAAUCUAGUACACAUCCACAUUUGGGGGCUGAGUGCACAUACCAUGAUCCAAGGUAACUCCA